GCGUGACGUCACCAACAUGGCGGCGCCCAGUGCCACGUCAAGGAGCGGAGAGCGGAGUGUGUCAUAGCAGCAGCUGUAGCAUAUAAAGAUAGACAACCAGGAAAAGGAGAAUCUGAAGAGAGACAUGAGUUCUCAGGAAUCAGCCCCCAAUCCCACUGUUCAGGGAGAGGAUCCUCUUGAAGGGCUACUUCUUGAGCACAAGAGCAAAUUUAAGACAUGCAGCCAGAUUGGAUUUUACAGGAGGCAGAAACUUCUUCACCCAGACCAGUCGCCAUAUUUGGCUCAGUUGGACACCCUCAAAAACGAGAAUGGCAUUGUCACACUUAACAUUAUUCACCAGGAAACAAAGGUUCCCUUACAACUGCAAGUCAUUGCAGUGGAAGGCAACAUCGUUCGACUUAAAAUCAAUGAGCUUUCACCUCUAAAGCCUAGAUAUGAAGUGCCUGAUGUAUUGGUAAAGGAGCCAACUACUGAAAGGUUCAAUAUCUUGCUGCAAGAGACAGAAACUGUGGUUCUCGAGCAUACAAAUGGCACAAGCAAGGUCCAUAUCCAUUCCCAGCCAUUUUCUAUUAUGGUGACACAAGAAGACAAGGAACUUUUUGGAAUAAACUCUCAGGGCUUUUUGUAUUUUGAACAUCUACGACUACCACCAGAAAAAAGCUCAUCUACAAGACCCUUCAAUUGCUGUUCCAAAUGUCUCUUUUCCUUCAGAACGUUAUCGAGGAUGAGAGAACCAGCAGAGACAGACACAAAGGUGCAGCCGGAUAAGUCAGAGCAGGAUGUAUUUGGACUCUGGAAAGAAGAGUUUGGAAAUUUUGUAGACAUUAAAGCCCACGGUCCGUCUUCUGUGGGGCUGGAUUUUACUUUGUACGGAUUUGAAAAUGUUUACGGACUGCCGGAACAUGCAGAUAUCCACUGCCUCAAAGACACAAGAGAAAAUGAGGCAUACCGGCUCUACAAUUUGGAUGUGUUUGGAUACCGUGUCUAUGAUAAAAUGGGCACAUAUGGAUCUGUACCUUUACUGUUGGCACACAAACCAUCAAACACUUGUGGCAUUUUCUGGCUCAAUGCAUCAGAGACAUUAGUAGAAAUCCAUUCCAAAGCUGCCUUACAGUCGCAUUCGCAAUCGAAUUCUCCAGAUAUACAGAAGCAAAAGGCAGUACCCAAAAUGGACAUCAGAUGGAUGUCUGAGAGCGGGAUAGUGGAUGUGUUCCUUUUACUGGGACCUAUGCCUCAAAAUGUUUUUAACCAGUAUGCACAGCUAACAGGUACCCAGAUACUUCCUCCACUCUUCUCACUGGGUUAUCAUCAGUGUCGCUGGAAUUAUGAAGAUGAGGCAGAUGUUGAAGCUGUGGAUUCAGGGUUUGAUGAGCACAAUAUUCCCUAUGAUGUUAUGUGGUUGGAUAUUGAGCACACCGAUGGAAAGAGGUAUUUUACCUGGGACCCUGACAAAUUUCCUGAUCCUGUAAAGAUGCAAAAGAAAUUGCAGGAGAAAAGACGCAAGCUGGUUGUGAUCUCUGACCCUCACAUUAAAGUUGAUCCAAACUACACCCUGUAUGCGGAGGCCAAAAAAAGAGGCUACUUUGUGAAAGACCGAAAAAAACAGAAUUUUGAAGGCUCCUGCUGGCCAGGUGUCUCCAGCUACAUAGACUUUACAAAUCCUGCUGCACGAGAGUGGUACUCGUCGCAGUUUUCACUUGAUAAAUACAAAAAUGCUACAGAUAUCUUAUUUGUGUGGAAUGACAUGAAUGAGCCCUCUGUGUUUUAUGCUCCUGAGAUGACCAUGCCAAAAGAUGCUGUACACCACCAGGGAUGGGAACACAGAGAUCUUCAUAAUCUCUAUGGAUUCUACCAGCAAAUGUCCACUUCAGAGGGCCUAAUUCAGCGGUCUGGAGGGAAGGAAAGACCAUUUGUGCUGACAAGAUCUUUCUUUGCUGGAUCACAGCGUUAUGGUGCAGUAUGGACAGGAGAUAACAAAGCGGAGUGGGAGUAUUUAAAAAUCUCUGUCCCAAUGUUACUAAGUCUCAGUGUGACAGGAAUAGCCUUCUGUGGAGCUGAUGUUGGAGGUUUUGUUGGAGACCCAGAUCCUGAACUAUUCGUCCGUUGGUACCAGGCUGGCUCAUUCCAGCCUUUCUUUCGUGGCCAUGCUAUGCAGGGUACCAAGCGCAGAGAGCCUUGGCUGUUUGGUGAAGAAAAUACUCUCUUAAUCAGGAAAGCGAUAAAGGAACGCUAUACCCUCCUUCCAUAUUGGUACCUGCUGUUUUAUAAGGCAUACCGUACAGCUGAGCUUGUAAUGAGGCCUUUGUGGGUUGAAUUUUCUAAAUACGAAGAUGCCUUUACAUGGGAAAGUCAGUACAUGCUAGGUAAUGCUCUACUGGUUGCCCCAGUGUUAGACUCUGGUGUCAAGUCCAUUGAUGUUCUCUUUCCUGGCACAGAGGAGUACUGGUAUGACUUCAGGAAAUACACGCUUGUUAAAGGGCCUCACAGACAGAAAGUGGCAGUUACUUUGGAAGAGAUUCCAGUAUUUCAGAGGGGUGGCUCCAUUAUCCCUAUGCGCACAACAGUUGGAAAAUCCACAGCUUGGAUGGCGAGUUCUCCAUAUGAGUUACACGUCGCGCUGGAUCGCAAGGGAUUAGCUGUGGGAGAACUGUAUGUUGAUGAUGGAUACUCCUUACAGUAUCUGCAUGAACACAUGUACAGUCAUAGAAGAUUUACAUUUUCAGAAAAUGUUCUGCGCUCAAGUUCUGCAGACAAAAAAGGUUGUUACAUCGUUGAUUGCAUCCUGGAAAAAGUUUAUAUAAUAGGUUUGAAGAAAUCACCUUCUAAAGUCACUGCACAUUGCUCUGGAGGAAAGAAAAUGGUGGAAUUCACGUACAACAAUCAGCUCUGUCUUCUGAGCCUGGAGAACUUAUCCCUGCAAGUCUGUGCUGACUGGGAGAUCCACAUAGUCUGAUGCUGCUGCUAAUUCUCCUGCUAACACUGGUCUUAUCCUGUGAGAAGUCACAUUUUAUGUGUGUUUUAUGGACGAUGCUCUGUUUUUUAAUAAGGUGCAAACAGAAGUCCUACAGUACAUAACUUGCUAUUCACCUUUGACAAUUAAUAAUAUAAUAUAAUAUAAUUUUUUAACUCUA